UUUUGGGUCUACAUUGGGGUCACAGUGUUUUGCCACCCAGGCUGACUAACAGACUUUGUAUGGCAACAUUGAAAGCUCAAACUUGGAUAUCAGAUCAUUUUCAGCAAUUUUAAAAGGAUUUCCAUCAGGGAUCAAUGCAAAAUCUGUGAGAUCAGGAGAGCGUGGUGCAGAUGAGAGUCACUGAGCUGGAAUAUGAUGCUGCUACAGCGUGUCGGACCAGCGUGUCAUGUGCUUGUGCUGGUGUUGUGUCUGUCUGCGGCUGAGGACUUCGACUGGUCAGCGAACAACCACGACUCCUUCUAUUAUGGCACUUUUCCAAAUGGAUUUUCGUGGGGCGCCGGCGGUUCAGCCUAUCAAACAGAAGGAGCCUGGGACAAAGAUGGGAAAGGACUGAGCAUCUGGGAUGUGUUCACUCAUAACAAGGGAAAAACAUUCUUGAAUGAUACUGGAGACUCUUCUUGUGAUGGAUACUACAAAAUCAAGGAUGAUAUUUCACUGAUGAAAGAGAUGAAUUUGAAUCACUAUCGGUUCUCCAUCUCCUGGCCAAGGAUCAUGCCAACUGGAAUCAGGUCUGACCAUGUGAAUGAGAAAGGAGUGAGGUACUAUGAUGUUCUCAUUGAUGAGCUGCUUGAAAAUAAAAUCACUCCCAUUGUGACCCUGUACCAUUGGGACCUGCCACAGGUUCUGCAGGAGAAAUAUGGUGGAUGGCAAAACAUCAGCAUGAUUAAUUACUUCAACGACUUUGCCAACCUUUGCUUUGAACGCUAUGGGGACCGUGUGAAACACUGGAUAACCUUUAACAACCCAUGGUCAGUGGCAGUGGAAGGAUAUGAAACUGGAGAACAUGCUCCAGGACUGAAGCUCAGGGGAACCGGGGCCUACAGAGCAGCUCACCACAUCAUUAAGGCACAUGCUAAGGUUUGGCACACUUACGAUUCUCAGUGGCGAAGCAAACAAAAAGGUAUGGUUGGUAUUUCACUGUCUGGGGAUUGGGGAGAACCAGUGGACAUCACUAACCAGAAAGACAUUGAGGCUGCUGAGAGAUAUGUCCAGUUUUACAUUGGCUGGUUUGCUACGCCCAUCUUCCAUGGAGAUUAUCCUCAAGUGAUGAAGGAUUUCAUUGGUAGGAAAAGUGCACUGCAGGGUUUGGGAACAUCUCGUCUUCCCACUUUUUCUUCUCAAGAGAAGAGUUACAUCAAAGGCACCAGUGACUUCCUAGGCGUGGGGCACUUCACAACACGCUACAUCACCCAAAAGAGCUACCCCUCCAACCGUGGAACAACCUACUUCUCAGACAGAGAUGUAGCAGAGCUGGUUGACCCACGUUGGCCUGAUCCUGGAUCAGAAUGGCUCUAUUCGGUUCCUUGGGGCUUCCGGAGGUUACUCAACUUUAUGAAGACUCACUAUGGGAACCCUAUGAUCUACAUCACUGAAAAUGGGGUUUCAGAGAAAAUGAUGUGCACAGAACUGUGUGACGACUGGAGGAUAAAGUAUUACAAGGACUACAUCAAUGAGAUGCUCAAAGCUAUUAGGGAUGGAGUGAAUGUAAAGGGCUACACCGCCUGGUCUUUGCUGGACAAGUUUGAGUGGGAUGAGGGUUAUUCAGAGAGGUUCGGAUUGUACUAUGUGGACUUCAAGAACCAAAAUAAACCUCGCUACCCUAAGGCCUCCGUUCAGUUCUACAAACGCAUCAUUCAGUCUAAUGGAUUCCCCGGUCAGAGAGAGGUUGAGACCUGGAAGAGGAAAGCUACAGAGACUUGUUCCACCAGCAAUCAGCUUCUGGCGGCAGAGGAACAGCGGAAUACGGCUGCCAAUAUUCUAAAACUUAUUCAUGAUCCUUUAACCAGCCACAUGGAGAUGGUGACCGAAGUGGUGGUUCCCACUGUCUGCACCCUCUGUAUUCUGAUCAGCGCUGUCUUUCUCAUGUUUCUGCUCCGCAAACGGAACUAACUCAUUUUUUUUAAGUCCUAAAAUUAUUUGGCUCCUUUUUACCAAAAUAAUACUGUAUGCAAGUAAGGAUGAUGACGAUAUGGAUACUAAUGAUAAAACUAACAUGUUCGGCCUUGGAAUUUAUUUAUUUUAAUGAGGAAGUUAAUGAGUUAAUGUGCUAUGCUAGUUGCCCUAAAGGGACAGUUCACCUAAAAUGAAAAUUCUCAUCAUUUAAUCACACUCAAGUGGUUCUAAACGUUUAUGGUUUCUUUUCUUCUGUUGAACACAAACAAGAUAUUCUGUAGAAUGUUGGAAAAGAGCAGCCAUCGGUAUUCAGUUUAAAAUACUAGGAGGUCAAUGAAUGUUUUUUCCCCAACAUUCUUCAAAACGUCUUCCUUUGUGUUCAGCAGAAGAUUGAAACUCAAACUGCUUCGGUAUAAGUGAAGGAUGAGUAAAUCAAUUAUUCAUUCAAUUUCCUUCAGCUUAGUCCCUUUAUUCAUCAGGGAUCGACAAAGCACAAUGAACCACCAACUUAUCCAGCAUAUGUUUUACACAGAGGAUGCCCUUGUUGUGUGUUUAAGACUUUUUUUCUGUUUAUUAAACAAUUAUUUACAAAAUAUAUUGCAUUUAUAAAUAUUAGAAGUGUUUAUUACACACCAAAUCGCCAUGGGUCAAGUACCACUGAAGACUGGAGUUCAACUUUGCCAUCAAAGAAAUAAAUUACAUUUUAAACCUAUCCAAACAGAAUUCAUUUUAAAUUGAAAUAUCAUUUCACAAUUACUGCUUUACUGUACUUAAAAAUAAGUGAAGCCAUUAUGAACAUGAAACUUCCCUUUUAAAAUUAAAGAAAUGACCCCAAAUGUAUGGAACUGCCCCACAAAUUUAAACCACUGCUUCAAAAUCAAAUAAACGAAUGGUUAUAAGCUC